GAUGAUGAUGAUGACGACACAUGAAUUUAGCCUAGUCCGCUUCCUACUUCCUUAUCCUGGCUUGGUUCUCUGCUUCAUCAACCUUUCUUGCGAUAAAAAUACAAAAUGUCCCACCAAACGGGCAUACAAGCUGGUAACGACGUGAAGGACAUCUUUGCCAGUGCGAGGUGUGGAGACCAAUAUCGACUCUUAAAGAUUGUGAUUGAGGAUGAGCAGCUAGCUUUGGGCGAGACCAGGCAAGCAUCAAAGACAUGGGACCAAGAGUAUGACUCGUUAGUCCUGCCUCUACUACAGGACGACCUGCCAUCUUAUAUCCUGUACCGACUGGACUCCUCCAACAACCAGGGCUAUGAGUGGAUCUUCAUGGCCUGGUCACCUGACCACUCUCCUGUGCGACAUAAGAUGUUAUACGCUGCUACCAGGGCCACACUAAAGAAGGAAUUUGGUGGGGGGCUUAUCAAAGAUGAGCUCUUUGGCACUACAAAGGAGGAUGUGUCUCUGAGUGGCUACAAGAAGUACCUGGUGACCAAGGCGGCACCACUACCACUCACUGCUGCUGAGGAGGAACUGAGACAGAUCAAACUCAGUGAGGUGCAGACUGACAUCAGUGUAGACACCAAGCAGCAGACACUGCAGGGGGUGGCGUUCCCCAUGCAUGGAGACGCGUUCGAGGCGCUCAAACGAUUCAGAGACAAGCAAGUCAACUACGUACAACUUGAAAUAGACUUUGCCAAAGAACUCAUUAGGUUGUCUAACACUGAACCAACCGAGGUGAAAGACCUGCCCAAGAGGAUCCCCACAGAAUCUGCUCGCUAUCACUUCUUCCGCUACAAUCAUUCCCACGAGGGAGACUACCUGGAGUCCACAGUGUUCAUUUAUUCCAUGCCGGGGUACAAGUGCAGCAUCAAAGAGAGGAUGCUCUAUUCCAGUUGCAAAAAUCCCCUGGUGGACAUGGUGGAGAACAACAUGCAAAUUGACAUUUUGAAGAAGCUCGAGAUUGAAAGUGGGGAAGAGCUGACUGGUGACUUCCUGUAUGAGGAAGUUCAUCCCAAGCAGCACGCACACAAGCAGGCCUUUGCCAAGCCCAAGGGCCCCGCUGGGAAGAAGGGAGGACGCCGCAUCACCAGACCGCCCGGAGAUGGAGAAGAGGAUGACUAAACAGAACCCCCCCCCCCCCCCACACACACACACACACCCACACGCUCCAUAAUGGAACAUUCCAAGAGAUGGAGGGAAAGAUUAUUUGAAACAACCUCUUGUAAAAAAUUAAUUAAAUAAAAAUAAAAUAAAAUAGAAAAACUUCUAAACCCUCGAAGCUCACCCAGAGACUGAACUAUGCACGCCAAUGGACAACUGAGCUGAAACACACUUGAGAAUGUCCAUUUGUAGCCUGCGAUUCAUUCAAAGUAUUUUACAGAGCUAUUCAGAGGUUAGAACAAGUUAAGUAAGAAAGGUUUUUACACUGUUGCCGAGAAUAAAAAAAAUAUGUUAGUGUGACUAAUGUGAAUUGUGCCAAUGUGACGAAUCCUCCAUGAGUUGAGUUCACAUGCUUGCAAUCAUUCCUUGCAUUCCUCUUAGAUCAAUGCCAAUUUGUUAUGUGUUUCCUGUACCUAAAGUUGAUAAAAUGUCUCCAUCAAUAUGUGGGCACAGCUAUGAAGAGGUCCAAACCCCACUUAAAGAUGUAAUAUUUGCUCCUGUCAUUUUUCUUAUUUUUUAAAAAAUAUUGGAACAUUUCUUUUUUGAUAACUGUGGUUUACAUAAAACACAUCUGCUGAGAAACGUAUUUUUCUAUGCAAGUGCUGUACAUGUUGUAGGUGUUCUGCUCUGUCUGUGAUGAAAAGGUAUUGUCUGUACUGAUCUGUCUAUCUAUAGUGUCAAUGAGGGUCACGUAACGGAGAGAACAGGGGCUUCCACUAUUUCAUAGCUCUGAUUAGAUUCGAGGAAGCUAAGUAUGCUACUGUGCCAGCUCCUAUGGUGUGAAUGCAAGGUGGGAGUCCCAGAGACAGUGAUUCCAAAUGGAAUUUCUUUCUGCCACAGUCAAUUGUCUACUGAUUUAUUGUAUGGCAAAUCACUAGUUUAACACCUCAUCUUCGGACAAGGGAAUACACUCUCAUGAGAACUGUCUUGUUUGGUCUUAAGUUGUUUAUUUUUCUUAAAACAGCUGCUUUUUAAAAAGGAAAAUAAAAAUAUUUACAUCAAACAUA